AUGGCUCGUCGUGCUCGUCGCCAACAAAAAUCCCGUCGUCCAUCGACUCCUCGUUAUUUGAAACAAGAAGAAGUUGAAACAAAACCCGUUGAUGAUCAACAUUUUCUUUCUUUGGAUCAUAUUCAACUCAUUGCUCCGAAAAGUGCGAUGGCGCAGAAUAAGACAGCCAAGAAACGCCGAGUCACUUUCGCUGAUCAGGACGAGAUCAUUGUCGACAAGAAAGCCCGCGAGCGGAGUCCCGAUAUUUUCGAACCCUUCGAACCAGUGUCUCCACCCCGUUUCGUCGUGCAUUUCGUCUCCCAGCUUGAGACUCUCACCGAAGAUGAGGAUUUCGAGGAGGAGUUC